GUCUUUUUCGCAUCCUCCUUUGCCACCCUUGCCUUCCUUACCAGAAAAAAGUAAUCAUCAUCAUCAUCAUCAUCAUCUUAAUAAUAAUCAUAAUAAACAACAACAACAUCUUUCACGGUCCUCGUCCUCCUCCACCACUUCUUCUAAUGCUUCUGGCACCCUCUUCAGUCAUUCUACUCAUGGGCCACCCUCUCAUUACCCUCAUAGCAACAUGUCACCAUCGUCUUUGGGUGGUGAUCCCAUGCCUCUUACCCCAUCUACUGCGGUUGCGACAAACAAUGGUGGCAUCGUACUCCCUUUUCGCCUACGUCAAAAUUCAAAUGCUACAGCCGCUACUUUAGCCAGUACGAUCAGCAGUGGUGCCUCCUCCGCCGCCUCAUUGCAUUCCAAUGCAGGACAGAAUGUGUUUGAUGAAAAAACGCAAUAUCAUGCUUCUUUAUCGCAUUAUUCUCAUUCACAACAAGGAAGAAAAGGAUCAUGGCAACAUCCUAGCAGCACAGCCUCUCACGCCAGUCCAUCUGGCCCACCUUUACCCACAAGCACUGCUUCCUCUUCUUCUUCCCCUGCUGCUGUCGGAGGAGGAGGUGGAAGUCUGUAUGAGACGAAAAGCAAGAGGAUGCACCAUGACAACACCCCACCCUCUUCUUCUUCCACAGGAGGGGCUAGCCAUAGCAAAACAACCACCCCCACCACCCUACAUGUCACCAGCCCAAUAGGAUAUGCUCAUCCAUCUGUGAUUCAACAAAGUAAAGUCGAUCCUUUAUCGUUUGGAGGGUCGGAUGCGUUUUGGGAAACGAUUUCACGAGAGAGCAGCAAUACGCAAGAUACAAAUACAGAAAAGAUGAUAAGCAACUUUUUACGUCGUGGCGGAUCACCGAAUACAGCCAAGCAAUCUGCGAGUUUUCAAUGUGUGAAAUACGGGUAUGGCAUGCUUCACACGAUGGUGGUACUGAAAUCAAUGACCGGUCUGGAGCUCCUUCUGCAACAUGGCGCGAAUCCCAACGCGCUCACGCUUUCCAUUGAAGACGAAAAAGCGACACCGGGGUACUUGGCGUCGCGUAACGGCUGGCUUCCAGGACUGCAGGCACUCGUGGAGGCAGGAUGCGACCUCCGAUUAGCGCGUGGUGGCGGUGGACGUCAACAGACGGCGUUACAAGUAGCGGCGGAACACGGACAUACGGCGGUGGUGGAAUACAUUGUGUCGUUGACACCGCCUUCUUACCAUGCGCAAGUGGAUGGCAUGGGAGCCAGUGUGUUGCAUUAUGCAGCAGGAGGAGGUCAUGUCGAUUUAGUGAGAGGGCUUGUGCAAAACUGUCCCGUGUUGUCAGUGGAUCAGUUAGAUGAACGAGGUGAAAGUUGUCUGCAUUGGGCUUCUCGUCAUGGGCAUUGGGAAGUGGCGUCAUGGUUGAUUGAACGAUGUGGUUGUGAUUUCAAUGCGUAUACACCGGUGACACGACAGAAUCACAAACUGAUAAGUGGUUGCACGCCUUUGGAUUUAGCCAAAGCAGGUAAUCAUAAGCGAUUAGUAGAGUAUUAUAAAAAGCUUGGCGCCUUGACGGCGAAGAAGAUGGAAAAGAAGAGAGAAGAAGAGUUGGAAAAGACCGUGCCUGUUCAUCUGGAAUCAGCAUUGUCGAAAAACGGCUUGUUUGGUUAUUGAUCUCAUACUACUUCAUAAGCUAAAAUCAGCUGAUGUGACCCUAAUAGCAAAUUGCAUCCGUUUGACAUGGAAAUUACGUAAUAAAACAAAAAAAAAUGUGUGUUGAACCUUU